AUAAUUCACGUUCUGGAAUGGAUAUAGAACAUUGGUCUUCCAUGUGUCAUGCAUUUCGGUGCUUCAAUGCCACCUGUAACUUCAAACAUGGAACAGCCAUCUAUUCCUCGGUGACAAGUGUAAAUUCUCCAUUAUUCAUCACCAUAUCUUCUAUUUUAUUCUAUGGUACUGUACUCUGUAUAUAUAGUAUAAACUCAAAGUUCAAAAUAUAAUACAAUACAAUACAAGUUACACAAUUUCAUUCAAAUUAAACCAAUAUACCCAAAGAGUAUUUCCAGAGAGACUAAAUUGCAGAACCAUGAGUCAAGAACAGCGACAAAGACCAAAAGAAGAGCAAUUCCCCAAGCAAGAACCAAUCAAAUACGGUGACGUUUUCAAUGUCUCGGGAGAAUUAGCAUCACAACCAAUCAAACCAAGAGAUGCAGCUCUAAUGCAAGCAACAGAGAAUCAAGCUUUAGGACAAACCCAAAAAGGCAGCCCUGCCUCCGUCAUGCAAUCAGCAGCCGCAGUAAACGCCGCCGUUGGUCUUGUAAACCGCGACGACAUGUCAGACAUAGCCAAAAACCAAGGAGUGGCUGUCUUUGAAACAAAAGUGGGUGGAAACAGAGUGAUCACUGAAUCGGUUGGGUCAGAAAUUGUUGGACAGUUUGUUGAACCUGAUGUGCCUAUGAAUGAUCCUGGUUUGGUUUUGGACCCUGAGGCUAUAACAAUUGGAGAAGCUCUUGAAGCUUCGGGUUUAACUCCAGCUGGUGAUAAGCCGUUGGAUCAGAGUGAUGCUGCUGCUAUACAAGCUGCUGAAAUGAGAGCUACUGGAAAGAAUCAUACUGAGCCUGGUGGGUUGGGCGCCAUAGCUCAGUCGGCAGCCACUAAGAAUACUAGAACUAUGCCUGCUUUUCAGAAGACAACAUUGGCUGAUGUCGUAUCGGGUGCAAGAGAGAAACUGGGAGGGGACAAGGCUGUGACGCGACAGGAUGCGGAGGGAGUAAUAGGAGCCGAGCUUAGAAACAAACCCGACAUGAGAACUACACCGGGUGGUGUAGCUGCAACUGUGGCAACAGCAGCCACACUCAACCAAAACAGGAAGAGUGCGUGAUAUAUACUUGGAGAUGGAAAUUCCAAGUUUUUGAGGCCACAGAUAGAUCAUGGAGUCUAAACAAAUCAAUGAAGACUUUAGGCUGUGUUUUUUUUGUCUAAGUGUUGUUUGUGAAACUACAUUAGUCCUAGUACCACUAUGUUUUACUUGUACUUAUAAAAAAAGCUACCUUUCCUUUUGUAGUCUCUUUUUGGAAAGAAUGGUUUGUUCCACCAUAUAUACAUCUUUAGUUUGUGUGUGUACUUGAACCAAUGUUCUUACCUUAAAUGAAUCAAAGAAAGAACUUUAUAUAA